GGGAUCGCCCUGAUUCCUCGAAACAUAAACCGCGCAAAAGUCCGUCAGAUUCCACGAAAGAUGAAUCUGAACUCCCAAAAUCAACUUUGCGAGUGGCUUCCUCAGUCCCUGAUCUGACAAUUACACUGAGACAACUGUCGAAGGAUGCACGCCGGCGUACAGAUAUCCGUGAUUUGAACUGGAAUCCGGUCGGUGAUUCUCGUCCAAGUUUAGACACAACUAAGCAACCGAUGAGAAGUCCAUCGAGACGUCAAUCAAAAACACCGAGGGGGUCAGCAGGUCUAGAAAAUAAUCGACUUGAAGAUUAUCUGGAACCGAUACUGCGUGAACUCCAUUCAAAACAGGGCAAGAUUUCAAAACGAAGACAGGACACAAAGCGUAUUCCAUCUCGAAGCGCAAAACGCAGACCGCUUGAGAAAAUCACUGAUGAAGAGGCUGUCCUGGAACUGGCAAAACUUUCUCCAGAUAUUCUACCGGAAAAAGUUGGUAAGAAUUUAAUCCGCGAGUUUACUGACCGGAAGGUCCGUGGUUCGAACCCGAGCUCUACCUGUCAACUUCGCCUGUCUAAGCUUGAGCAAUCAGGCAGUAUCCUAGCCCUCAUGUUACUUUCGGCUGGAAUGGCAGUUAUGCACCGAAAAAGUCCUACAGCUGAACGAUUCAUGAGUCCUGUCAUAUUCUUUAGCAGAUUCUCACCAUCGGUCUUCAAUGAGUGGCGCACAAUCACUUAUCCCACAGGGUCACAGUUCUUUCCAACCAAUGGUCAAUCGGUACCAUUCAUUGGUGAAGGAAAGGAGCCGCCGGCCCUCUUACCCACCAGACGAUCCAGUCAAAUGUCUCCAUUGUCUGUAACUCUCUUCGACCCAGUCGUGGAUGAUUCGGUUUCUCUGUGCUCACCCAAUCAUCUGCGCUACCGCUUUGCCCGAUCAACGAGUGAUGUGAUGUUGAGCAAGCAAGGCAGUCGGAUUUUGGCGAGCCAGCCCAAUUUGGCUGCUUCAUUCGGUAAGCUGGGGGCGAGAUGGCCCAAGUGGUUAGAGUGCGAAUUUACUGACCGAAAGGUUCGUGGUUCGAACCCGACCUCCAUCUCUCAACCUCCCUUGUCUAGGCUCGGGCAACCUGGCAGUAUCCCAGCCCUCAUGCAACUUUCCGGUGGCAUGGCAGUUAGGCACCAAAAGGGUGCUACAGCUGAACGAAGCGCAUUGUUGUUGGUCCUUGGAAUGGAAAUUCCGAAUGUACCGUUCCUUCGACCCAUGCUCAAUGUGGAUGCCCCAAGAGACGAAUAUCUGAUUUAUAACGAAGCUAUCGCAUCGGUCUACUCCUAUCCCUGGUUUCAUUUCAUCUACGCUUUGGCAACGCUCUACCUGAUGACCCAGUUGACUAACUGGUUCAACCCUCACAUUUCCGGUGUGGAAACGCUAUCAAGCUCGUGGGCCAAUAUGUGGAUGAAGCUGGCUUCCAGCUGGAUCGCGCUGGUUUUGUAUGCCUGGACAAUCGCCUGCCCGCGACUUUGCAUCGGUCGAAAACUGGGUGAAACACCACUAACGCCUAGGACUCCUCAAAUGAGCACAACCGCCGUCUUGCCGGUGUGA